AUGAGUCUGACACCAUAUCUUCCCAAGGUGGUGCAGAAACCAACGGGAAUGCAGCGUGUCUUCUCGUACAGCGAUUCGAUGGGAUGCUUCUUAAAUAUUAUCGCCUUCCUUGAUAUGAUGGGUGCAGGCGUAGCCCUUCCUCUGAUGGAUGUUGUCUUUGGGCGUUUUGUUGAUACAAUCCACAACUUCGUCAAUGGGAAGCUGCCAGCUGACGAGUACAUGGAUCAAGUUGGCGAGUUGACGUUUGUCAAUCGAUGCUGUCUCGUCAUCUUUGCCCUACUGGUGGCAGCUCAAGCCCUCACACAGAUCGCACCACAGACUGUUGCCAUUUCCAAGGCCAUGGCUGCUGCUCAAGAUCUCUUGUCCAUCAUCGACCGACAGUCCGCUAUCGACCCCCUUUCCCAAAGCGGCGAGACUAUAGAAGGCUUAAGAGGUGUUGAGUUGGAGGACCUCAACCUGCGUUGGCCGAGGACUAAUAUCCGACUUGUUCAGCAGGAGCCUGCUCUCUUCAGUGGAACCAUCUACCAGAACGUUGUCGACGGUCUUACGGGCACGGAUAAAGAGCAUUUGCCCGACGAGAUGCAGAGACGUCUUGUAAUCGACGCCUGCAAAGCUGCCUUUGCGCGCGGCUUUGUCAAAGACCUGCCAGAUGGGUACGACACCUGGAUUGGCGAGCGAGGGGCGUCGCUUUCUGGUGGCCAGAAGCAGCGUGUUGUCAUUGCUCGCAGCAUCAUAUCCAACCCCAAGGUGCUCUUGCUAGACGAAGACACCAGCGCGCUAGACCCGAAUGCCGAGAAAGUCGUACAAGUUGCACUGAAUAACGUUGCCAAGGGCCAGACCACGGUUAUUAUUGCCCAUCGACUGUCGACGAUUUGUGAUGCGGAUAACAUUGUCGUCAUGUCAAAAGGUGAGACGGUCGAGAACGGAACGCACGCUGAAUUGAUCGAACAGGGGGGAGUGUACGCCAGGCUUGUUCGAGCUCAGGAUCUGGGUAAGACGUCCGAGUCUAUCGUGGACGAGUCCGAGGACGACAAGGACGGGGCCUUGGUGGACAUGAAGCAAGUGCUCACACAGGUCUCAACGACGGGCGCGCCGCAUGAGGAGGCGAGCAGCGGAGGGAAGCGUUGCGGCCUACUGCGCGGACUGAUUCUGUUCCUGAAAGAGCAAAGGACUCUGUGGUGGCCAAGUUUUGCCAUUCUUCUGGCCUGUUUUGCCGGAGGCGGUACCUAUCCGGCCCUUGCCAUCUUGUUCUCCAGGACAAUGAGCGCCUUUGAAACCAUUGACGCCGACAGGGGCAACUUUUUUGCUUUAAUGUUCUUUGCGGUGGCCUCGGGGAACCUCGUGCCGUACGCCGUCACAUGGCAUUCUUCGAUGAAGCCAAAAACGGAACGGAACAGGGGCAGAACCACCAUUGCCGUUGCGCAUCGACUGAGCACGAUUCGCGACGCAGACGUGAUUGCUGUGCUUGCCGAGGGGAACAUUGUCGAGUCGGGGACACAUGACGAACUGGUGGGCAGGAAGAAGGGUUUGUGCUUUGAGAUGGCCCUGGGGCAGUCGUUGGACCGCGAAGCUCGACACGGGUCUGCAAAAUCACCACUCCAUAAUUUUUCGGCAUACUUGCACUCUGAGCCAUGCGUGAUGGGCCAGGUGCAAGGUCACAGGCGGAUCUAG